AUGUUCUUCACCAUUAAAAUAAUAUAGAGAGAAUUAAUUAUGACUAUAACGAUAUAAGCAAUAAUAACAAGAUAAUUAUACUAAUUGCUGUAUAUAAACACUCCCAUCAAUACAGUCACAGCACAUACUGAACUUAUUAUAACAAAUACAAUAAUUCCUUUAGUUUUAAUAUCCUAAGAGUAGAAAUUCAAAGAUAAGAUUAUUGAUAUUUUUUAAGCCAUCUUUACAAAUUCCCAAUAAAAGCAUUUAUUAAAUAAAAGACAAGGGAAUAGUAGAACAUAAGCAAAUAAAAAUGGUAAAACCAAAUCUUAACUUCCUAUUUUUCUGCAUGAUAAAAGAGAAAUAAGUUAUGAAACCAAAUCAGGCUGA